UGGGCACAUCCUUUUGACGCCCGCGCACCUCUCCGCGCGGUUCCCGCUCAGCCGCGUGUUUGUCGGCUGCGUUCGGCCCCCGCAGGCUCUCGGCCCCCGCCCCGCUGGCCGGACAGGGAGGAGCCCAUGGCCCGGCCCGCCCCCCGUGGUGCCCCCAUGCUUUUCCUGGCCCUCCUGGUGCUCCUGGAGCUGAGCCUGGCGGGCUCCCUGGGACCUGGAGCUCCUGCUCGAAACCUCCCUGCCAAUCACCUCAGCCUCCCAGGCCCGGCACGAUGGACGCCACAGACCAGCCACCACCGCCGGCGGGGGGGCCUGGGCAAGAAGGAUCGGGGUCCCGGCGUGCCUGGCUGGGCCCAGGAGGGAGCUGGGGGCACCUCCACCAGGCAGGCCUCCAGGCUGCCAGGGGCAGAAGGACUGCCGCCUGGACAAAGUCCUGCUGGCCUGCUGCAGGACAGGAAUCUGUUCCUGGGGUUGUCGCUGCCCUACCCUGAGAAGGAGAACCGGUCUCUGGGGAAGAAGCGCGGCAGGGAACACAAGCGACGCAGGGAGAGGUUGAAGCUGCACAGAGGCCGAGCCUUGGUCCGAGGCCCCAGCUCCCUGAUGAAGAGGGUGGAGCUGUCUGAAGACCAGGCGCCAGACACUGCAACAGAGGAAUCCUCCACCAGCCUGGCCCCGACCGUCCUCUACCUCUCCACCUUGGAGGCAGCGCCUGCCACAGAAGAGUCCCUGAUCCUGCCUGUCACAUCCCUGUGGCCCCAGGUUCAGCCCAGGCCUGGUGGGGAGGUGAUGCCCACGCUGGACAUGGCUCUGUUCGACUGGACCGACUAUGAAGACUUAAAACCCGAGGUCUGGCCCUCUGCCAAAAAGAAAGAGAGACACCGGGGUAAACUCUCCGGCGACGGCAAUGAAACGUCACUGGCCGAAGGGGAACCGUGCGACCACCACCAAGACUGCCUGCCAGGGACCUGCUGCGGCCUGCGGGAGCACCUCUGCACGCCCCACAACCGGGGCCUCAACAACAAAUGCUUCGACGACUGCAUGUGUGUGGAAGGGCUGCGCUGCUACGCCAAGUUCCACCGGAACCGCAGGGUCACACGGCGGAAGGGGCGCUGCGUGGAGCCCGAGACGGCCAAUGGCGACCAGGGAUCCUUCAUCAACGUCUAAUGGCCCAGGUUGAGGUGACCCCCGCAGGCCUGAGGACUGAGCACCGGAGGUUUGGAGAAGCAGGCGAUUUGUGUAUUAACUAGCAAUGGGAGACCAAAUCGGGGGGACCAGAUGUUUGAGGCUGCAGGCUCCGGCCCUGGGACCUGCAGUCCCAGGACGGGAGCCCCGGGGACCUCCCUUUGUUCAGGAGCGGAGCAGCAGCACAUCCGCACCCACCAUUCCUGGGGGACCCACACGCAGGACCUCCUGCAACAAGGUGCCCGGUUCUCCGCGAUGGCAAUGUCCAGAGUGCCCUCUACUGUCCGACCGCAGUACUGCAAUAGCUUCGAGCUUAAUUUGGAACAUGGAAACGCCCUGAGAUAGGGAACUCAAAGACAGCAGUUGAAUAGCAGCACCUCUUCCGUACCAGGCACUGUGCUGCCAGCGGCAUACGGUAUCCCAUUUAGUCGUCACGUGACCUUCUCAAGUAAGCACCAUCACCAUUUCCCAGGUGAGGACACUGAGGCACAGUUGAGUCCUAUGACCUGUUCGGGGUCCCAGAUCAAUGCCUCUCAAACCUUAACCUGUGUACCACCCCCCGCGCCAUCUAGUGAAAACGUAGGUUUCUGUUCAGCCGAUUCUGCCUUCCCAGCCAGCUCUGGGGGCCUGCCUGCCUUCGCUGCUGGCCCUCCCCACUCCACCCCACCCCCAAGAGCACCCACCCAUGCCUUGCAGGGGUGUCCAACCUUUUGGCAUCUCUGGGCCACACUGGAAAAAGAAGAGUUGUCUCGGGCCACACAUUAAAUACAGAAACACUAAUGGAAACUGAUGUGCAGGAAAAAGGUGUUAAGUAAAUGUACAAUUUUGUGUUGGGCCGCCUGACAGCCGUCCUGGGCCGCGAGGGUCGGACACCCCUGCUUAGGGGACAGGUGGUGGAGCUGUGGUCAGAGCCUGGCCCAGGGUCAUCCGGCUCCACGGCCCAGGUUCUUGCUUCCCCACCACUGAGCACGUGCUGUGAGCUCUCCGGGGCUGGCAGCGAGAGAAGUGUGCCCUGGUAGCCCCUUCGCUGGCGUGCAGCUGCAGUAACUGACCGCCCUGCCCUCUUCCUUCCCUGGACAAAUGGGCAUCCUCUCGAAGACCAAACCAAACCAAACCUGUGCUGAGCACCUGCUUGUUCGUGAGGCAUGCUACGGGCAGAUGGGCCCCUGCCCUCUGGGGGCUGGCAUUUGGAGAUUCAGCAGGUUCCUGAGAUUCCUCUAGCCCUGCUCCCCCAGGCCUGGGACGUGUGUGUUGGAGUUGCCCCCCCGCAUCGCCUUCCACCCCAGGGGUUCUUCAGCUUUGGUAGUUCGAGCCCUUUGAGAAUCUAAUGCAGCCAUGGACUCAGAAAGCACAGGCAUUGCCCACGUGCUUCCACUUUGCUAAUUAGUGGUCCUCAGGCCUCCCGGAGACCCUGCCAGGACCCCCACCCCACACUUCUGCCACAGAGCCCACUGAGAAGUUGGGGCACCUCUGAGGUUGAGGUGCUUGAAGCUAACUGCUCCCACAGGCCAGACCCAUGAUGCCCACUCUGAACAUCUCUCCACUCGGAGCUGGCUCUCGGGGGCAACUUGGAUGCUCCCACCCCACCUGGCAUCUCACUCUUGGUCAACCCUCUGGCCCAGGGCAAACCAGGUCUCAAAUGACAAAGGCCCCACCCAUGGAAAUUCUUUGCAGGCCUGGACACCCGCGGAAGGGAGGGGCCCCGCCCCCAGGAUGCCAGGGCUGUUUACUCCCCUGGGAAAAUCGGUCGGGGUCAGGGGUCUGGCACCAGUGAAAGCAGACUCAUCUCGCGGAAACCAAAUAUGCUUGCUCUUUCCUGCUGCUCAAGUUCGAUGGGCAAGGGACCCUUGUGGAGUGGGGCGGGGGCACUGAAAGAGAUCAAAGCCAGCUCUUUGGAAAUCGAACCCUCUAUCUGUCGGCGGUUUUGUCUGUUGGAGAGCUGUGUGCGCCUCACGUGAGGCGGCUGAUGGGAGAUUGUGAUACAGCCCGGAGGGCGCGGCCGCAGGCAGGAAACCCGGCGUCAAGUCUGGGGGCAGCGGUUAGAUGGCCCCAGAGGUCAGCAGUGGAACCCAGAAGGUCAAGACAAAGCUGAAACCCCCACCCCACGGAACUCUCAGUGCCCACCGGGGCACGUGGGAAUUCGAGGCCUAGUUAUGUCACUUGCCCUGGCUACCUCCACAUGGCGUUUGCAAAGUGCGGUGGGGGUGAGGGUGAAAUCCUCUUAUCUCCAGAUUUAGGGAUCCCAAGGCCCCCUCAGUAGUUAACAAACCUCUCUGUCUGAGGUCCUAGUCCUUCCUUAGGUCUAUCUUAAAUUCCUUCUGCUGGUCCAGGAGCCACUUUCCUCCAAUCCAGGGUUUGGCAGACUUGACGGUGAAGGACCAGAUACAUAUUUCAGGCUAGGUUCCAUUGAAACUCUUUAUGACACAGAGAUGUGAAUGUCGUAUAAUCUUGACACGUCACAAGCCGCUAUUCUUCUCUUGGUUUCCUAAAGCACAUU